UGUCGGAUCUUUUGUCAGUUUUUUGUCGAAUGUUGACAUUUUGUCGUAGUUUGAUUAAUUAUUUUGUUACGAAGUUCGUUCAUUAACAAAUUCAUGAAUUUUCGUGGAAUAAUGUUGUAAAACAGAAUCAUUUCGAUAGUUUUUCGCUUGGUGUCUCGUGUUUGUGUUUUGAAAAUUGUGUUGGAGAUUGAUCGAUGUGCUUCAAUCAAACGUGAUCCUUUCGUGUUUGUCCUUCCACCGCCGGAAACUGGAACACCGGAGCUCGCUAAUGAUCCACCUGCCACAGGUGGAAUAUGGGCGAAAUAUUGUUAUAUUCUUUGGAUAUUCUUCGCGAGAAAUUCGUUCUCAGAAAUAUUAGAGUUUUUCAAUGACGAAGAUUGCGAAUCAGUUCAGCCUGAGCCGACAACAGCGAAUAUAAGAGGAAACUAUGCUUCAUUCUUCGUUGAGUUUUUGAAGAAAAAUGAAAUCAAAAUCAUCGUGUUAGUGUGCUGUUACAUGGUAAUUGGUUUUACGAUGCAAAACCUCGACAAUUAUGCCAACUUCGAUGACUAUUUCAUCACAUUGUACCCGAUGUACAUUCCUUGCUCUAAGACAUUUGCAGUACGUGCCAUCUUUCGAAUGAUACAAACCAUUACUCUCCUACCCGAAGGAAUUAGCUGCGUGUCUUUGCCAAUAAUGCUUUUCAUUAUUAUCGCCAAUAUGUAUGAUAGAUUUGAGUUGCUGGGUUUGUUUUUACGCCAUACAUCGUAUUCGGUUUUUCGAAGUAUCGAUGAAACGUACAAUUUGGAAUUGGCCAUGGAUGAAGGACGUAUACCGAGUAGUUUAACAAAAAUUGAUGAAAUGAAAAUAAAAAAAGCUCUGGCACUGGACAAAUUUCUUUCAAACACAACCCUCGUCAUUAAACGACAUCAAAGACUGUACCGCAUUGCAAAACUAUAUGGUGAGAAAAUGAAUUUCAUCGUUUCUAUCGUUUACUUACUAAUGAAUUCUAUGGGAGUAAUUUUCACAUUUUUCGUCAGUUCGAUCACCGAAACUGGAUACUAUCACCGCACUUUUCUCGUUAUUAUAUUGGUGUUGAGCGACAUUGCCUUGUGUUGGCUGAUAUUCUGCAUAAUGGGAGAAUUGUUUUUCAACAUGAAUGAAAUUAUCGCAAUGGAAAUUUACUGCAGUCCAUGGUAUCAUCUCGAGCCUAAAGACCGUCAAGUUAUUCUUACAUUUCUCACCAUCGUUCAAAGACCUCUAACAAUCGUCGCUUUUGGAAUAUACCCUAUAAAUCUAUCAAUAUUUCCAGACAUGGUCAAUACUAUCUAUUCGAAUUCGCAAAAACUUCGAACUCUCCAGCAAAGGAAGCAUUCGCGUUGAUAUACAUAACUUAAUGUUAACAAUCGUCAACACCUUAUUUCACUUAUGCACUUUUGAAUUUCAAUUCCUCAAACACAAAAUCAGCACGAUUUUAUUGUACUCGUACUUCUUAUUGAUCACCUAAAUAAAACUCAAAAUGUCAA